AUGUGGCCCGUGCACCAAAGCAACCCGACUCGAUCUAAUGGACCCCUUCCAGUCGCGGCCGUCGUCAGGCUGGCCCAACACGCGACAACACUUCACAAAGACAAGUUCAACCUCAGCCAAUUCCUCCUCUUGAGCCUCGCAGUUCAAAUCGACCAAGUAAGUAGCCCUGAAGCCGGAGGCGCAGCAUUCGACGUUCAACCAGAAAAGGGGUUCUUUGCUUCGCCCGCGCAAGUACGAUGCUGUUUUGAGGCUGACGACGAUACGAUAGCCACCGGACCCGCCGUUUCUCCCGAAUUCACAAUGGCCGACGUCAAGCAGAGCGCCUCACCCGCUCCCCGGGACAAGUUGGAAGGUAUGUGCAAGCUCCGAAGCGGUCUGCGAAGUCGUGGCAAGGCUGACGCGGAUUGGAAUCUAGCUCAGGUCAAGAGCGCCGACAUGACCGAGGAUAUGCAACAGGAGUGCAUCGAAGUCGCCCAGGAGGCCAUGGCCAAGUUCACCAUUGAGAAGGACAUCGCCCAGCACAUCAAGCGUACUUUCGAUGAGCGCAAGGGUCCUACAUGGCACUGCAUUGUCGGCCGCAACUUUGGCAGCUUCGUCACGCACGAGACAAAGCACUUCAUCUACUUCUACCUCGGCCACUGCGCAAUCCUCCUCUUCAAGACUCAAUAA